AUGAUCGCAGUCAACAAACCGCCGGGAAUCAUGGUGCACUCGUCUCGCGAAGCCACGCGGGAGGAGCGAGCGCAGGGAGCCUUCGUGAAGGAUAUGGUGGAGCGACAGCUAGGGUUAGACCGCCCUCUCUUCCCAGCACAUCGUAUCGACCGACCAGCCAGUGGGGUACUCGUGUUCGGGCGGACAGCAGAGGCGUGCAGGCGAGUGCGAGAGGCCAUGGCACACCCAGCUGCUGUGAAGGAGUACCUGGUCCUCGUGCGAGGCUCGCCUCCCAGUGCCUUCACAUGCGACAAGCCGUUGAAGGAUGAAAAGGUGGGGUGUUGCAAUGGAAUGCAAUGGAUGGUUGAAGCGCUGAGAGCUGGCAAGGUAUAG